GUCAUGGUGGUGACACACACCCUUAAUACUAGCACUUGAGAGGCAGAGGCAGAUGGCCUCUGAGUGUAAGCCUAGCCUGGUCUACAGAGCAAGUUCCAGAGCAGCCAGGGCUACAUAGAAAGAAAGAAAGGAAGAAAGAAAGAAAGAAAGAAAGAAAGAAAGAAAGAAAGAAAGGAAGGAAGGAAGAAAGAAAGAAGGAAGGAAGGAAGAUUCAGUAAUGGGAAGCUAAAUCCUGAGGCCUGAGGUCCCAGCCUGCCUUGGACAGGGGGAGGGUAGAGUAGGCAAUUUUGUUCUUUGUUUGCUAAAGGCUGUGCAGCAAGCCUCUUGCAAAGAGCCUUGGAAACCUUGAAAAAUGGUGAAGAGUCGUUCAAGCGUACAGUGCAGAAAAUGAGAGGCUUGGGUUUGCUUCAGAGAAAAAGAACUCUGAUCUCAGUGUACAGAAUGGAUCCAGGGGCAGGCCCUAGCAAGGGGGAAGCAACCAUGGGACCUACCAGGCAGACUGCACUGAACUUCUGGCUCAGCUCAAAUGGAAGCCAUGGGAGAGGUCCGUGUUGGGGCCUAGAGAGAGCUCUCAAGGGGCCUUGAGAGCAUCCGCGUGGAUACCACUUAUUCUUCAGCUGAGGGCAUCUAAGGAAACUGAUAAGCGUUGGGUGGAGCAUGGUAGGGUGUGUAGGGAUCCUUCUGACUGAACUGGGUGAGAGACGAGUCACACCCCGAAGGUUCCCGCAAAAGGCAAAAUUUCUUCCAGCCACUCACCACAGGCUUUCCCACCCCGCCACCCCGUGUUGGCAGAGACAUUGGUAGGAAGGGUAAGAGGGGCCACAAGGAAGAGCGAGCCUCCUUCAGAGAGUGGGAAGGAAGUUCAUCUUGCUAGAUAAACUCUGGGCAGUGUUUAUGGAUGAGAUCCGAGAGCCAAGAUUUGCACAGAGGCGGUGAACUUUGGGGAGAAAGAAAUAAAAACAGAACAGAACUAAGAAGCUUAGGAACGUGGCUGAGGCCUUAUUUGAUGAGGAAUGGGGCACAGGGUGUUAGAGUAGGGAAGUAUUUGCUUUGUUGUGCUUUGUUUGAAACGUGGUCUUACUGUGUAGUCCAGGCUGGCGUUUAGCUCGUGAUCCUCCUAGGCGUUGAAUUACGUUUACGGCACCACAUAGCAAGCUAGGAAACUGGUUUCCAAGAUCCACUUUAGAAAGAACUUUUGAAGUGGCCGGGCCGAUUAGACCUUGAAAGCUGGCAGGGUUUAAGAGUUCCCUGUGUCUAUAUUCCUUCCCCUUUCACAGACACCAAAGCUUAAGGUUGAGAAAGAUAGUGAACUUCUUCAAGCACAGAGCUAAUUGAGGCCGUGCUGAGGCCAGGGUUAGGGUGGCCUGGAAGGUCCACCCCAGAUGUGUUAGACUGAUGGAUGGCAUUUGAUCCUAGCUGCACUUCCCUGCUUCCCAGCUCUCUCAGGCAUUUCUCAUGGUUUCCUUCAUCGAUAGCACAAGGAUGCUGAGACGACUCAGGAGCUGAGUUUCAGAGGAAUACAAAUGCCAUCCUGUUGAUUUAUUUAAUGGUUAGUUUGUAGCUCCUCAGCUGGUUCAGAGAAGUGACCUCAGUGUUAACCAAACAGCCUUGCCAAGGGGCCUUGACGUUUAGAGGAGGCAGAAGGACAUAGGUUUUGAGCUUAUUUUCCUCAGCUGUAUAGUCUGGUUCCUUCUUCUCUGCCUUCUCCCCUCUAGAUAGCUGAACCGGCCCCUGUAGGACUGUUACCAUGGCAACCCUGCUUUCCUGAGCAACUUAGUUGCCUUUGGUUCUCUUAACUCCAAUACUGUACUGAGGAAUGAGGUCAUGCCUUCGACAAACUGAAGGACUGGCCCGGUCACCCGCUCCAUGAAACUUGAAUUUUCAGGUUGUGGAGCUGAAUGUAGGGGGCCAGUUCUACACCACCACCAUGGGCACCCUGAUGAAACAUCCAGGCUCAAAGUUUUCAGAGAUACUGUCCAGGUCAGCCAAACACUACAAGGAUGCACAGGGCCGUUUCUUCAUCGACCGGCCCGGCACCUACUUUGGGCCUCUCUUGGACUACCUACGCACUGGACAGGUGCCCACAGAGUACAUUCCGGAGGUAUACCAAGAAGCUAAGUUCUACCAAAUCCAUCCCUUGGUCAAGCUUUUGGAAGAUAAGCCACAGAUCUUCGGUGAACAGGUGGCUCGGAUGCAGUUCCUGAUGGGAGUUCCGAACUACCGCGAAAACCUGGAGGUCCUGUUGCACCUGGCUCGGGCCGAGGCCGUGGCGAUGCGCUCAUCAAAGGUGGUGGUGUGUGUGGUGCGCACGGAGGAAGAUGAUGCCAAGUGCACGGAGCCACUGCACAUCUUGGAGGCCAAAAAGACACCCGUUGUCAAAUUUGGGCCCUGGAAGGCAGGCCCUGUGACGGAGGACUUUGUGUACUGCCUGGAGAAGGACAUUAGAGCCAAGGGAUAUACGGUGGCCUCUCAGCGGUACCACCUGAGUAGGGAUCCCUACACAUGCUUCUGGAUACUCGUCUUCACUUGGUGGUGAUCGUUAGAGCCUGUGGUGGGACUUGUGAAAUCAGUCGCCAUCAAAAUCCACGCUCUAAAGCUCUGUAGUUCCGGAGCUUGGAAGGCUGAGACAAGAAGACUGUCGUGAGUUUGAGGCCAGUCUCGUAUACAGACUGGGGACCCUAUUGAAAUGGCUCAGGAGAAGUCAGGCUACCCUGUCUCCACACCUGCUAGACACCACAUCCUACUAGACAGAACAAAGUUUCUUCCAUCUUCCAAGAAAUAAAGCUUGUAAAAUGUUGAGCAGAUCAAAGGGUUCUUCCUGCCUUGCUGGGAAAUAACCCUGAUGUAAAAACUCUUCUAGCCUGGACCUAAUGUCUUUAUAAACUCUGUAGUGCUUAACUUGGGACCAAGAGUUCUUUGUGGCAGGAUUCUGACAUCAGUCAUCAGAUUAAAUAAAGAACUCUUAACUGGU